GCUCAGUCUCGCGCUCUCAGCUCUCUUCACCACACACCAGUUCUACUCCUCCUCAAUCCCGGGACCAAACCUACAACGCACAUUCCAGAGGACUGUCUGUUCUGCCCAUGAGCCUUUCAUUCCUACAAACCAGAAGAAACAUUUGGAGAUCACCUGGACACUCACAGUUUCUAGUUUUAUAACUUUUGCUGCACUUAAGCGACUUCUUUACAUUCCAAAGACUUUGGUCUCGGACGGACAUCGAUUUUUUUUCUAAAUCAACAAACUAAUUUUUGUCCUCGUUAUAAUACAUUUGACCAAGUAAGCAGAAAACAGUAGUGUAUUUUUGUUUUCAUCUUUUUACAUAAACCAGAAGUAGUCUUAACAGUUUUUUUUUCUUACGUGUAGUCUUAGGUAAUAAAAUAGUGAACAAUGGCAGGUAUGAACUCUCUGGAUGCUGUGAAAAGGAAGAUUCAGUGUUUGCAGCAGCAGGCCGACGACGCAGAGGAUCGAGCUCAGGUCCUACAGAGAGAACUGGACAGUGAACGGGAGCUCCGAGAGAAAGCAGAGGGUGAUGUAGCAGCUCUGAACCGUAGGAUCCAGCUGGUGGAGGAGGAGUUGGACCGAGCCCAGGAGAGGCUGGCCACAGCACUGCAGAAGCUGGAGGAGGCAGAGAAGGCUGCAGACGAGAGCGAGAGAGGGAUGAAGGUGAUUGAGAACAGAGCAAUGAAGGAUGAGGAGAAAAUGGAGAUUCAAGAGAUGCAGCUGAAGGAGGCCAAACACAUUGCAGAGGAGGCUGACCGUAAAUACGAGGAGGUGGCUCGUAAGCUGGUGAUCUUGGAGGGCGAGCUGGAGAGAGCUGAGGAAAGAGCCGAGCUCUCAGAAUGUAAAGCCAGUGACCUGGAAGAGGAGCUGAAAAAUGUGACCAAUAACCUGAAGUCCUUAGAAGCCCAGUCUGAGAAGUACUCAGAAAAGGAGGACAAAUAUGAGGAGGAGAUCAAAGUUCUGACUGACAAACUGAAGGAGGCUGAAACCCGUGCAGAGUUUGCAGAGAGAACAGUGGCCAAACUGGAAAAGUCCAUUGAUGACCUGGAAGAGAAAUUAUCGCAUGCCAAAGAGGAGAAUCUGGGCAUGCACCAAGUCCUGGACCAGACCCUGCUGGAACUAAACAACUUAUAAACAGAGAGGAAGCUGGAGAGGAUGAGAUCGUCAUUAACAUUCCAUUAAACGUUCGACUCCAUUCCGCAUUUCAAGCUGUAAAAUCUUAACUCCCCACAUUAAGGGGAAUUAACUUAAUGCUUGUCCCUUGAUGUUUUUUUCUUUUGUCUUUUUUUUUUUCCUAAGGCACAACUUUUUUUUUUUUUUUUUUUUAAAUGGGUAAUCAUUCUGAACCCAUUGCUUCUUUUAUUUUGUAAAAGAAGCAAUGGAGCUACAUUCUUUCCAUAAAUAAUUUUUGACCACUUAUUUAGAAAAACUGGUUAUAAAUUUGCCCGGAAGAGUCUUGAAUUGGUUGUUGGACCACUUAAAAGACUCAAUUUUUAUGUUUUAAUUAUUUUAUGUGCACAUACAUUAAUGCUGUGCCUGAUCAUUCUAAUGCAUAGGCUACAGGUCAUAUUGGGUUUCACUUUGUCUGCAUAAACGUGGCUCUGAAGUUCCACCCAGUGGUGACAUGAUCAGUUUUAUGUUUUACCACUAUUAGAGCCUGUAACGUAAUGUUCAAAUAGACACUUGGUCUAAUGGAGAGGUUUCGGUCAGAGAUACACUAUUAAAGCACAUGCUGCUCAUUUUAGUUGUUUGCAUUUAGAGCCCAACUGUUGAAUAGCCUACUUACAGUGCAUCAAAUCUCUCCUGUAAUUUUGGGUAUUUGCAGCAGAGUCUGCACUGUCUUUUCUUUAGCUUCACCUGACCACUUAGACCUGCAUCAUUACCAACAUUGUGCCAAAUUGUAGCCAAUAUUUACCAGAUUUACAAUAUAUUGUAAUACAUGAGCGAGCUAAUCCCCAAACCACUGGAAGCUCAGUCAAGUUUUAUCAAUCAUGGAUACUUAUUGUAUAUAGUCGAAGAAUGUUAGGUAUGUGAGAAGUUGUUUUGCUUGAGGAUUUUCUUUUUUUUUUUUUUUUUUUUUUUUUCGUUUCAUUUAUACCACUUUUUGCCAGGGGAACUCUCAAGACCAAAGAAGACACACAAUUCUUCAAAUGUUUUAUUUUUGUUUGUGAUGAUCAUCAUGGUCACAGCUCAUGUUGGCGCUUCAGUGAGCGCUUCACAUUUGAUUGAGACCAUUUUGCAAUAUUUCAUUCACAACCCCCUCCAUGUCAACCUAAUAAAUGUUUUACAGAA